GCAGCCCGGCAGGGCGGAGAGGACCUCGCACACCGUGACGCUCCACCUGACGAAGGACACGCUUGUGGCGCCCCUGCGUGGCGCUCACGUGCCCAACAAAACCGGCACCGUCGACAUCUACGCGCUGCGCGCGCUGAAGGCAACUACUUACCCCGAGAACUCGAUCAUGGACACGCCUGCGGCGCCCUGGCGUGGCGCUCGCGUGCCCUACGACACGAAAGACAGCAUCGGCAUCACCGAGCCGUACAAUGCACCUCUCGAGAAGGCCCGAGAGGACCCGCUGGACCCCACAUCCCCGAUGUGCCAUACCUCCGCCAUUCAGAUCUUCGCCAGCUCUGUCUGUGCAGCCGGCGGCGCCGAC